GAUGAGCAACCAGUCGCAGCCGUGGCGGCAGCGUGCGCAGGGGAUCCUCCCGGGCGGAGGACAGAACGAGAGCGGGUACGAGAGCGAGCUGCGUGCCUACGAGGCUGGGAAGGCCAACUCGAUGAGCCACGAGAUUGGUCGCCAUCGCCGGGCCGUUGCUGCCAUCCGCCCUGCAGGCACUGCUCCCCGUGCCGACAGCAACUUUGAUACUCGCCUCUCCAACCCAUCGGCUGCCCGUUCUUCCCGCCGCUCGCGCCCGGACCACCCCGCCAAUCGCUCGUCUAUCAACGAGCACAUCAUGCCCGAGUCGGUGCCCGAGUCCGAUGCCACCCGCGCACGCGCCACCGCAACCUCACUCUCUUCAGAUCCCACGCGCCUCAAUACUGUCUCGGCUUCAUCUGGCUCGACUCCCGGCCGCUCGCCGUACACGCCUUCAGGCGCUGUCACGGAUCGCUCACACUACUCGGGCGGCGGCGGUGCGGCUCAGCGGACGUCCGACGACUCGCCCUUUGGCCGCCCGUCUAUGCGCGGUCGCCUGACCCAGGAGUACGAGGCCCGCCGCCGGGCCAUUGCUGACCGCCGUGUCCGCGCCUCGAACCCGUCGUCCAUCGGCCUCACCGCAAACUCGUCGCGUGCCUCGUUCAACAUCAUCUCCAACGUCCCGGCCGGCGCCCACGAGCUUCCGCGUGACGAGCCGCACGCGUCCGAGCGUGCUACGUCGAACCACUCGCGCUACAGCUACGACAUCCUCAGCGGGCGCGACCGGUCGACCGACCCGAACGCGCCGCUCGAUCCGCGCGUCCGCCGCGCCGAGCUCGAGCACGGCCGCGAGAACAAGGUCACGCCCAACUCGCGCCGCCGCAUCGCCGAGCCGCGCGCCGAGCGAACGUCAGGCAACAUCCUCGCCUAUGACGGUGGCUCACCCGACGAGCGCGCAACCGCCGCCCGCGAGCACGCCCGUCUCGCCGCCCGCCAGCGGGUCGUCGGCUCGCACCACCACCGCUCGUCCUCGGACGGCUACGCCUACAACAUCAUCGCCCAGUCGUCCGACCUCGACCACGUCGACCGCAAGACCUACGUUUAUGGUGACGGCGGCGGCCGCCUCCACGCCAAGAGCCAGAUGCACAGUGGCUCGUCCACCGCUCGCGCUCGUGUCGACCACCUCGACGAGCUCUACCACAACCGUGAGCCGCUGUACCCGGACCGCCCGCGCGGCAAGCGCCGCGUCGGCACUGGCCACGGGAACGGCGAGCAGGUCAAGAAUGCCCUCACCACAGACUCGCGGCGAACAGACGCCCCGCCCGACGACCCGCUCAUCGCCGCAGACACCGGCCGCACCAUGCACCAUAAGCCAGCUCACACGCUCCGCCACAACCGCGACGUCGACCACAUGUGGUACACCCGCCCGGACCCGUCGCCGCCGGCUCGCCGCCACAAGAUCAUGCCCGACAACGCACCCAACGUCGACUCGGUCUCCAAGGACCUGCCCUGGCUCACAGGCGCCGAGCGCCGCGCAUACGACGCCCAGCGCCGCCGCGACGAGUCCGCCGCAGGCUCGCCGCGCCGCCGCGGACGCAAGCUCGUUGCAGAGCCCGACCACAUGUACGCCGUCCUCCACGGCGAGCGCAACCCGCGCCGCCAUGACCCUGCAACUGGCAGCUACGAGCCACACCCGCCGCCCCGCGCAGGCUACGACGACGCCUCGUCACCGCGACGCCCUGCCCGCCGCCCCGCAGACACCCUCGACUCGAUCGGCUCCGUCCUCGCCGCCCCGCCACCCGGUCCGCCCUCCUCCUACGAGGAGCGCUUCCGCCAGACCCGCGAGCAGGAGGAGUCCGCCGCUCGCACCCGACGCGACCGCUCCAAGGCGUCGGGCGCGCCCCCCUGGGCUGCUCCCGGCGGCAAAAACUCGCCGCGCCGUCGCUGGUAGCGCCAUCGCCAUCGCCGGUAACACAACAAGCCACAUCUUGUCACUCGUCACGCCGACGAUGCCGACGACGACGACGAGAACGGGUCGUCCUCGUCGUCGGCCGACGAGAUUGACGCAGAGUACACCCC